GUUACAGUCGAGUUUAACACUAAUAGUGUAAUGUCAGAGGACACAGUAGACGAACAAGCUCCCAUCUCCACCAAGACAACGGCUACAUAUGAGACCCUAGAGAAUGCAGCUGACCCAGAGAAUGAGGUUUUUAACCCCAUAUCAGAUGAGGAGUCUAAAAGUACAACCUUCGGAGCUACCAUGAACUUUAUCAAUGCUAUCGUGGGUGCUGGAAUCGUUGCGAUACCGUAUGCGAUGAAAGAGUGCGGUCCUAUUAUUGGAUUAUUCUCCCUAGUCCUCAUCGGUAUCUUAGCAGGUUACACCCUGAUCCUGCUAUACAAAGCCGGGCAGUGGACUAAGAAGAACAGCUACAAGGAGGUUGUAGCCGCUACGUUUGGGGAGGCCCUGGUGCCAGUCCUCAUCGUUAUGCAGUUCUCAUUCCCUUUUAUGGCCAUGAUGUCUUAUCAGAUCAUUAUCUCUGAUAAUCUAAGUACUAUUAUCAGGGCUAUUGCCUGGGACUCGCCCUUAGCAGACAGACGACUUCUUCUUCUUAUCUCAACAGUCUUCGUAGUCCUCCCUCUAUCCUACUUCAAGUUCAUACAGUCCCUCUCCAAGAUUUCUCUAGCCUCCGUCAUAUCAGUCCUCUUCCUCGUCUGCACUGUCAUCUACAAGGCUGCUACUCAGACCCACCAAACUAGUCCUCCGGAGUAUGGUCUUGGGAAUUUCGUGAUUCAGUCUUGGGGAAUAAUCCUCUUCGCGUACGUGUGUCACCACAACAGUUUCCUGAUAAUGAACUCCCUGGAGGAGAGAACGGAGAAGAAUUACAACAUGGUUGUAUGGACUAGCAUCAGUGUUGCUUGUGUCCUUAUGAGCAUCUUCGGCAUCUGUGGUUACAUUAUCUUUACUGAUAACGUUAUUGGUAACAUCCUCCAGAACUUCUGUCCCUGUGAUACACUGGUAAACUUUGCUCGUGUUGCGUUCAUUGUUGGGGUUGUUACCACUUUCCCUCUCGAAUGUUUCGUGUGUCGGGACAUAAUCCAGUCAACACUCUUCAACAACAGUCCUCCCUCGGAGCUACGUCACGCCUUGAUUACAGUUGGUAUUGUGGCCUCAACUUCUCUUAUCUCUCUUGUCACUGACAAACUGGGACUCCUUCUAGAGGUUGCAGGUAUUCUAGCUGCUAUACCCUACGCCUUUAUAUUCCCUCCCGCUCUCUACCUAAAACUGGAUCCUAAUGGUUCCAAGGCUCACAUCGGCAAGAUAUCUGCCAUUCUCAUGCUCACUUUCGGGUGUCUUUUCUUUGUACUCGGCAUGACAGGUCUGAUAAUGAAAAUAGUAAAGAACGUCUCAGAAACACCCGAUCUAAGCUACUGUGUUGGGUUCUGUAACCGUACCCUGGCCGAAAUGACGGGAGAACUCUGACGGUACUGCUGAACUUUAGAUUGAGGAGAGGAUCUAACGGAUCCAGUCUUUAAAGCGAUGAUACGUGUAGCUGCUGUAAUGUAGCAGCUCCAUGUGUGGGGAACCCAUUCUCCUUAUAAACUAGAGCCCUCGCUAUCAACCCUUGGAAUACUCUCCACCUUAAAAUUAAUCCUCAAUGGUAUACCAUUGUAAUGCUUGUAAGCCUCUCAUCGGCACAACCUCUCGAACAACUCCUGGUAUAACCAUCUGAUCUACUAAUAUUACUGUGGAUGUUUAUUGUUUAUUGUUUAGUAGCUAACGUUUGCUGACCCCUUCAUUUACCUGCUUCGCUGGACGCUGAUUAUUCAAAUUAAAUUCUAAUUUAAAUUCUCUUUUGUGAAUUUGAAAUUUGUGUGCUUUUCGUAAUCCUGUUUUUGCUUUUUAUAUUCAAGAUUUUUAACUAAUAAUAACGCUUGUGUAAUUGUACUAAUUCAAUGUUAUCGUUGUAAUAAUUAUUGAUUCUAAUUUAUUUAC